UUUUUUUUUUUUUUUUUAUUAUUCGUCUGCAUAAAAAUGUUAUUGGUAUUAUAUAGGGUCUACUGGUGAAGAAGAAUUAACCAAUAUGAGCAGGCAGUAUGUUAGAUUGCGAUUUCAAACACAGUCUGUGUGCCAACAUGUGUGUUAUGUGAUGUGGUAGCACACUUAUAGAAUCGGCUAUUAAUAGAAAUAGCAUUGGCUUGGCUCAGCUCAUGUUUUGUCCGUGUUCAACUCUGCUGCACUUUCAACAGGUUUUUCUGGACGUUAUCUCCAGAUCGAUAAGAAGAGGUGAAGUCUGUCAAAGGUGAAGCAAAUUUCUGGCAUUUGACACUGAUCUAGGGUGUACUGAACAGCCCAAACUUGAUUUGUUUUGAUAUUUUCAACACCGAGAACUUGGAUCACUGUAGCGAUGACGACUUUUGAUGACCUGCUGGAGGAGGCUGGGCCUUUCGGACGCUGUCAGAAGCGUGUCUUCCUCCUGCUUUGUUUGGUGUCACUUCCUUUUUCAGGCGUGUACGUCGGUGUCGUCUUCCAGGGUUUCACUCCAGAUCACUGGUGUCGGGACCCUGCGGUGGUAGAGAGGAGGCAGGCGUGCGGCUGGAGCCUGGCGGAGAGCCGCAGGCUGACGGUGCCGCUGGUCAACAGCUCUGGAGUGCUGCAGCAGAGCAGCUGUGAGCAAUACCAGGUGGAUUGGAACACCACUGAACUCAGCUGUGAUACACAGGAACUGGACCUCAGUGACGUCCCAGUUACCACGUGCAAGGAUGGCUGGGAGUAUCAGUAUGAAGGCAGGAAGUCCUUCGCCACAGAGUUUAACCUGGUGUGCUCAGAUGGAUGGUUUGUGGACAUGUACCAAUCCAUUCUCAAUGUGGGCUUCCUUGUUGGCAGCUUUACUUUUGGUUUCAUUGCUGACAGGUUUGGCAGGAAGGUGAGUUUCCUGUUGUCCUUUUUACUGAGUGCGAUCGCAGGGAUCGCACAGGCUGUGGCUCCAGAUGCCAUCUCCAUCCUGGUGUUGAGGGCCAUCGUUGGCUUUGCAGCCAAAGGAGGCUGGAUGACCACAUAUGUGCUGCUCACAGAGAUUGUUGGAGUGAAGUACAGACGGACGGUGGGCAAUGUGUACCAGAUGUUCUACAGUGUCGGCCUCCUCAUCCUCCCUCUGCUCGCCUACUUCAUCACUGACUGGCGCUGGCUGCAGAUCGUCUUCUCUGCACCCUACAUCCUCUUCCUCACCUACUACUGGUGUAUCCCAGAGUCUCCGAGGUGGCUCAUCUCUCAGAACAAGACUUCCAAAGCUUUGGAGAUCACAGAAGCUAUAGCUAAGGAGAACAAGAGGAAACUCGGGAACUUUGAGACGCUGACUGUUGAGGAGGGUGACUCCUCCUCUGCCUCUUUGAUGGACCUGAUCAGAACUCCAAAUAUGAGAAAACACACUUUCAUCCUCAUGUUCAACUGGUUCACCUCUUCUAUGGUUUAUCAAGGCCUCAUCAUGCGUUUGGGGAUAACAGGAGGAAACGUCUACCUCGACUUCUUCAUCUCUGGCCUGGUGGAGUUCCCUGCUGCCUUCCUCAUCCUCUUCACCAUCGAACGUAUGGGCAGACGCAUUCCCUUCGCCUCCGCCAACUUCGUAGCCGGAGCCGCCUGCUUCAUCACCGCCUUCAUCCCUGAAAGUAUGUUCUGGUUUAAGACGGUGGUGGCCUGCAUCGGUCGGCUGGGGAUCACCGUGGUCUUUGAGAUGGUGUUGUUUGUUAACACCGAGCUCUACCCAACAUAUAUCAGGAACCUGGGCGUGUCAGUUUGUUCUGCUCUGUCUGAUGUUGGCGGCAUCGUAUCUCCCUUCCUGCUCUACAGACUGGCCGCCAUCUGGCUGGAGCUGCCACUCAUCAUCUUUGGAGUGGUCGCGUUCAUAGCUGGAGGUUUGGUGUUGUUGCUUCCUGAAACCAGAGGACUUCCUCUUCCUGAGACCAUCGAUGAUAUUGAGUUUCCUAAUAGGAAAAACGAGGAUGUGGCGAACCAACAAAUUUAAGUGAAACUGUGUGACUGUCUUUGUGAAGAUUUUUUUGUACAUAUACUAUAAAUGAUGACUUCCCAAAUUCAUUUGUGUUACAUUUUAUUUUUCAGCUCUUACAGAAAACACAGCUUUACAUUUCAUAAGCAGGAACAUGAUCUGCUCAUUGUGUUUCCACCACAGGAAACAAAACACCUGUUGGCAUCAGAUCACACCAGGCUACAAACUUAAGUAGUCGUGUUGAAGUACACACAUGUUAAA